UUAAAAAAAUUACGAAAAAUAAGUGGUGUAUGUUCAGGCACCUGCAGAUACGGGACGGUCCAAUCAUUUUUCUGUCUCUGUAUUAAAUUAUAAAAUCAGACAAUAAUAAUUAUUCGAUGCCUAAUAAAUCUCGAUAUGAUGUUCAAUGUGAUGUUCGAACUUUAUUACGAUUAUAAUAAUUAGGAAUAACUAUGCAUUGACUUACUAAUAACAUAAAAUAGUUAUUAAAUCGGUAUUUUGGGAGAUAACAGAUUGAUAUUAAUAGUAAAUUAGCUGAUAAGACCCGGUGAUCGGUACUCGCUCACGGGAAGCAAGGGCGGUGCCGGGAAGGAUCCCCCGAGAAUCCCCUGGUUCCCGGUCCACCAAUUUGGCCCCUUAUUGAAAGUCCGGGGUGGGCCCAAGCGAGAGAAGCCAAUCGCCACGUAACGCCGGUCUUUCUAGGAGCGGCAUCCGUACCUGCAACCCGUCCUUUUCAUUCCCAUUUCACACGUAACGCGGAAAGAAGAAUCCCAAAUCCCAAUCCCAAAUUCCCAGCCCCCCCCAAGCGGAAGACGCUCCCCAGUGGAACCAUAUACCUCUACUAAGUAACCCCAGCCCUUAUCCCUCUCAUUCAUCCUCUCUCUUUGGUGAUUCCAGAGACCUGGAACGAGAGCAGGUCUCUGCUCGUCCUGAUCUUCCCCAUGGGAAGCAUGCACAGCUAAUUUCCAAGGAGAAGGAGCUAGAUAAUGUCUUGAUCCUGCUGCAUUCCAGUCUCUUCCUUCAUCCGAAGGCUACUUGAUUUGGCAUGCACUCGUCUGAAGAAAACAGUUGGGAGUGGGAAGACGAAGCAGAUCUAAGUGUUUGAUUCUUCUGAUCCUUUUCUCACUGCGUCGAUGUAUUGUAGGAACUGUCAUAUGAUGUUUUUUUGCAACUUGGAAUGCUCAAACUCGCCGUUUAGUUGUUCAGCAGUCUGUCAGCCCUAGCAUGUCGAAGUGAUUCAUAAGCUGAGAAUCUGCCAUUCCCUCUCAGCUUCAGCAAAGGAAAUGGUGGUGGAAUUUUAUAUAUCAUCAUGAGAGCUGAUAGUUGAAUUCCUUUUUGCAUGUAUCAAACUUAUAGUCAUGGCUUCAGCAUUACAAACAGAUGAAGCAGGUCAUGAGGAAACCAGAGUGAUGGAGAGUAGUGCACAAGAAAGGAGAAAUUCGCUUCAGCAUCACUUCUCAAAAUCAUCAGAGGAGAGGGAGCUAACCCCCAGACAGAGCAGGAAUAUGAAAAUGAGGGAGGAGAAGAACUUGGAAAGCACAAAGCUCAAUGCCUCAACAGGUUCAGAUCAGCAUGCUUCGAGUGUGAGUUCGGUCCCUUCAAUGCCUUCUGUGUGCUAUCAAAAUCCUUGGCCUAAUAGGAAUGGAGCUGGAGCUGAGGAGCUGGUCAAACACAUGUCAAAGGUUCCAAGGUAUCUCCAGUGCACGGGAAGGGGAGAUAACAUUCAGGAGAAGGCACUGAAUUUUGGAGUUCUUGAUUGGGGGCUUCUUGAGGAGUGGACAUACCAUAAGAAACGUGUGGCGGAUGGGAGCGGCGAAAAAUUUUCAUGUAAUAGUAAUGAGUCCUCAUCAUUUUCUGAAUUUGGAUCAUCUAUCCACUCUCAUUUAAGCACAGGUAGCUCUAUUCCUGGAAGUAAGCAAACUGCUUCUAGGGAUGGUCAUCAAAAUCCAUCUGUUAUGGGAAGCCUAACACGGUUGAUGGAGAAGAGAAGUUCUGCAGAUGUCAUGGAUUUUCAGGAUUCGAGAAUUUCAGCCAUAAAGUUUUCUACUGGGCACGACCAGCAUCUUGAUGCAGAUUGUGGUCCAAGUGCUAACUGUAUGGGGUACAAGCAUUUAAAAGACAAGAGAGAAAAUUCAGGCUCAAAAGCCACGUCUCGUAACAUGUCCCUACCUCUAGACUCUAGCACUUCAUGUUCAACUUCCAAAUAUGCUGAUGCCUUAGCUUUUACACACAGUGCAGUAGAGGCUGAAGAUGGUAGAUCAAAGAAAACAGAAGAAAUGCAAUACCUAACUUUGUUGCAGAACAAGGAAUGCAUGUGGGAUCAUUUCAAACAGAGUGGUUCAUGUGAGAUGUAUUUCUCAGGUAGCUUUCCUGAGGAUGUCCGGACCACCUAUCAAUCUCCUCGUGUUCCCUGCUCAUGUCCGCUCACCGAUGAACCUCAUUUGGCCAGCAGUAUUCUGCAAGAAAACAAAGUUUCAAUCAUUAAACCAGAAGGCGGAACUGGGAAACAUGACCAAUUUACUGGCAGUUCUUCUGAGCAGUUUCAAGUUAAUACAGUUGAUAAAUCAGGUCAAGGUGAAGUAAAAGCAGCUGCUGCAACAGGAAGAAAAUUGCCUAACCAUCUGUCAGUUGCUGGUCCAACUUUGAUGAGCAGAAGCUCGGGGGAAGGUUCAUCUGUACGGCGAUCAAAAUCAAUUGCUUGUCCAGACAAGUCUGAUGGUGAUAAGGCAACCGCAAAUAACAGAGGUGGUUACAGCCCAUUGAAGAGGAUAUUAGAUCCAAUACUUAAGCCAAAGCACCACAUGUAUUUUUCUGGGCCAAUUGCAGCUUCACCCGUUCGUAACUCUCAUGAGCUAAGUGACAAUGAUAAGCCUCUGAUGAGGGAAGAAUUAGCAUCACCACAUGGGCCAUGCAACUCAUCUGAUACAGGCAUUAAUUUCACUUGGCAGCCGAGGGGAAAUUUAAACCUCUCAAGUCAGAUGCCCAAUAGCAGCAGAGGAUCACUUCUGGAUGAGGGGCAACAUGCUUCAACACAGGCUUUUCUGCAACUGGCUUGGAAAAAUGGACUUCCUUUGUUUAUGUUCUCAUCCAGUGACGGUGAUAUUCUUGCAGCCACAGUGAGUAAGAGAAGUCCCUCUAAUAAAGACAAUUGCGAAUGCUAUACAAUAUUCUCCGUUCAUGAAGUCAAGAAGAAAAACAGAGUGUGGAUUAACGCUGGAAGCAAGAGCAAGAACCAUGGGCUGCUCUCUCAUGUUAUUGGUAAGUUGAAGGUUUCGCCUUCCAUGCUUCCCAAUCAUGAUUCCAAGAGUCAUUCUGUUUUGAGGGAAGUAGUUUUGUUUGGUGCUGAGCUAGCACCAACAUCCCAUGAAUCUGUUGGUUCCCUGUUUAGUAGUGAGCUUGCAGCCAUUAUUACAGUGGAUCCUCAAGAGAUGCCAGAAAGUUCGAGCGUCCAUUUAAUCCGCUGCAGCAAAUGCAAGCAUUCAUCACCAAGAAAUUCGGCAGAACGAGUAUGCUAUUUUUGCCCAGAAAGAGGUCUGCAGGUUGAUAACAAUAACGACACUUCAUCGCUAUCUACAGUCAUAGCCAUACUCCCAAGUGGGGUUCAUGGCUUGCCAGAUAAAGGAGAACCCUCCCCUUUGAUCCAACGAUGGAAAUCAGGUGGAGCUUGCGAUUGUGGUGGUUGGGAUGAGGGUUGCAUGCUGACGAUCCUGACGAACAAUCAAGAGAAAAGGAGUUCAGGUUUAGUCCAAGCUAGUUGCCCCACAGAUGAUACUCACCAAUUCGAGUUGUUCAUUAAGGGCGGGUCUCGCGAAAGCAAACAUGCCUUCCGUAUGGUUUCUUUCAAAGAGGGGCUAUAUGCAGUUGAUUUCAGGUCAUCUAUUGCUUUAUUGCAGGCUUUUGCAAUUUGUUUAGCUCUUCUCCACGGCAAGAAGCCUACUGCAGUGGAAGCACAGUCCUUGCAGGAACGUAUAUUUUCUGAAGAUGCGGGGAAGGCUCCUGCAAGUUAUGUACCAAACCAUCCGCCUGUUUCCCCUGUUGGAAGAGCUUAACUGCCCCGUCGAUCCGUUGGAUUGAGAUUUAUGUGACCGACAUGCGGGUUACAAUGCUAGGCUCCAUGUUGUUGUUUUAUGUCAGAUAUAACCAGCAGUAGAAAAAAUAUUGCUCUCGACAGCACCAUGUUACAUCAUUAGAAAAUAAUCUUUGUAUCAUGAAUUAGAUCGCAGUGUUUAGGAUAUAAAGAAACGCAAAGGCUCCCUUUCUCACACAUGGCAAGACGCUAUUUUUAAUUGAACUUAGUGCAAUUAAGCUUUGAUUGGA